CUCAAAUUUUAGUACACUUUUCUUUCAGUAUUGUUUAGUGAGUUAAGAAUUUCUUUUAUGUCUCUAGAAAAUUUAUGAAUUAAUGCAAUUCCUGACGAUUGAAACAUGAAUUUGCAAGGGAGUAUAGUGCGGAACGCGCCUCAACAAAACCUCAUGAACGAAUUGAGGAGUUUUAUGAAAGGAGCUGCGAUUCCGGAUAAAUGUAAUCCUGUUGAUCUGACCAAAACCGCUUUGACUUUGUUAAAACUUUUGCCAGCUUCUCGAACAGCUGUUUUUGAAUAUUUUUGUAAAGUUUUUGAUAACACUGCCUCAAAUUACAUACUAGGUUUAGAGUCUGAAAUAAAAACGGGAAAAUUGCCACAUACUUCGGAAACGGACGAACUGACCAUAUCUGAAAUCCAUUUGGUGUUAACUCAAUUGAUCAAUGAAAAUCCGAGCGCCUGGGCUCCAAUUAUAAGUGCAUGGUCUUUGGAAUUACUUGGGGAAAUUUCGACGAAAUAUGCGGGUCGGGCGCACAUUUCUACCAAUUUAAAUGAGACUUUACAAUUGUGGAUGGGAUGCAGAGCUACAAGGACAUUGGUUGAUAUAAAUACCAAGUGUUUGUCCAGUUUAAUACAUUCAGACACUGAAACUUGUAUCAGUGCACUUCUAGACACAUCAGUGAAACACUCUCCAAAUUUUGAUUGGGUAGUUGCACAUGUUGGUAGUUGUUUUCCAAACACAGUGAUAACAAGAGUGUUGACUUGUGGUUUAAAAGACUUUUGUCAAAAUAAAAACUAUGAAGAAUUGUCUGAAUCCCCAAAAUUGAAGUCUGUGGUUGGUAUCUUGGGACAUUUAGCUGGUAGUCACACUCAGGACAUCAGAAAAGCCAUUCUUGACAUGUUUCAGUGGAGCUUGAGAGAGACUCUUGACGAUACAGAAAUUGUUCGUGCGCAGAAAAAAGGAACCACUCCAUACAUCCUGCAAUUGGCUGGUUUAUCUGAGACACUCUUGUCUUCAAUAUGCGAUAACACAAAAAACAUUCUAACAUUUGAUACAAUUGUGCGACUUUAUCAUGUUGUGGAUGAAUGGUACAAAUAUUUUGCAUCGCAAACUGGUUUAGAGGAGUUCAUAAUAACUUUGAUAUUGCAUUGUGAAACGGGAGGUAUCCAAAUUAUUUCUAUUCUUCUGGAGUGCUGCGUCAACAGUGAUAAAAUUCGCGCAAACGAUGACAUCAAAGAAGCAAUUCAGCAAGAAGCACAAGAUAUUUUAGUGCUUAUUCUUCAAGCUCUGGAUGAAUCAAUUCGUAAUAAAUCUCCAUUCAAAUUAAUUAAUUCAUUCCAGAAAGACAGGAGGGAAUUGAAACAAAUGUUACUCGAUAAAAAUACGAUUGUAUGUGAAACAGCAGCCGAAAUACUUACGUUCUUAGGCAGUAUAAAUCCGUCUGUGUUGAUCGAAUCGGCCACACAUUUGCUUGUACAUAGUGAUGAUGAUGAACAAUUGGUGUUACUAAUUAAGAUGCUAACACACGAUUUAAUUGAUAAAACAACGCCCCCGUAUUGCAAUAAAGGAGGACACUUUUCGAUAGUUUUGGAACAAAUAUUGAGCAGGAACAUUCAAAAGUUUUCGCAGACCAACGAGGAGCAAUACGACCUAACAAAAAUGUGGAAAAACCUAUUCACUCUGUUGAGUUGGGAGAAAACAGGAUCAGUCACCCAGUUAAAUUCACACAUGAUUUCUAGAGCAAUCGAAUCAAAUUUGGUAAACCUUACGUCGUUAUUUGGCAGCGAGUCUUUACAUGUACAUGUUAUUGCUGACAUACUGGUUACUGUUGAAAUUCCGACGCCGAAUUCUUGUUACAAUCCCUCCAUACAAGUCGUUCUUAAUUUAACGCAGUCGACAGUCAAUUACUUUUUUGUUUGCACAAAGGACGAAGGCACGUCCGAUAAGGUCCGCGGUUUUUCAAAAGUUUGUAGAAUUUUGAAACGGCUCUGCGUCUAUUCCAAAGUGGCAAAGGUUUUGGCGCUGAGGGAACUUUUAGAGCGGGCUCUUUUUAAAAGUGAAAACGUGUUAUUUGGAGCCAAAAACAAUAGUCACCAUCACGAGGAAGAGAAAUGCCUCUUGAAGCAAAAUAAGAAGAUCAACAAAACGAUUCCUUUGACGAAACAUUCAUCCGUUUUCAAUGGUGGAAUUAUCGGUAAUGGCAAAAGGAAGUCACUGACGCAGGAACAACGACCGGAAGAAAUGAUUUCAGACAACGUGCAUCAUCUGAUCGAAACGUUGAGGGCGUGUUGUUCUUCAGAAAAUUCGGAGAAUAAAAUCACCGAUCUUUCGUUAGAUAGUAUGACGUUGCUGUCACUGUUGCUCAUCCAGUUCGUUAGUCCCGACGUCAUGUACAACGGACUGCCUUGGCCCGACGAAGAGUUCUCAAAAGUGACAAUAGAACGUGACUUGUUUAUAAGGAAAAUGUUCACCAACACUCCACUGUUAUGGGAUCUAUUAAGAUUCGUGGCAGUUUCAAGACCGGCUUUGUGUUACUGUUCAGUUCUAAUUCGUGCUCUGACCGCCACUUUGAUUCAUCAGUGGAAGAGCAUGGGCGAACAAAGUAAAGCGAACGACACGGAGAACUACAAGAACUUGAUGAGAACCACCGUACAGGUCGUCGAGCUUAUGGCGAUGGGACAGUUAUUGCCGCCGCCUUUGAGUUUUAUCGGUAACGUGCUUCCGUUCUUACAAAAUUUUGAGAUUGUUGCGAUUUUGAAGGAGUGCGUGUGGAGUUACAUGCGAGAUCACAUUCCGUCACCAGCGUUGUUCGCCUGCGAUCCGAACGGCGUUUAUUGGAGAGAUCCAGCCGUUGUGCGACCCUCGGAAACUUAUACCAACGCUUUGCGAAUUAUAAUGCAAAGAAAUAUCAAAACUUUAGGUUCCAUGUACGCAGAAAUGUUUAUUAACGUCCUUAAACACGAAUGAUCGUUUAUUGUAAAAUAUUUUUAUGUAUAGGUUUUAGUUUCAUUAAGAAUAAAAAGAACUGAGUUUUAUUUUUUAUUAAAAUAACAAUAUUUUCAAUAAUAGUAAUAAUAAUAAUAAUA